UGUAGCUUGCAGGACUACUUUUCGCGUACUGUUUUUGUGUAAUAUUUCGUCUCAUUUAUGUUAUUUUGUACACAAUAAAAGAAAACAUACACACCAAAGUAUUGAAUAUAUUUAUAUCUACAGUUAUACACAGUGUAUUUUUUAUAUUUGUAAAUAACUGCCAUGUCAAAGUGUACGAGUGCUAAGUUUUGAGUAUGUCUAACGUAUCUUCAUCAAGUUCCAAAAUACAUUCAAAGAAAGUAAAUAGCAGUCGCGAGAGGGAUAAAAAUAAAUCUUUAGCGUCGGAGUCAGGUGGUUCCAGUCAGUGUGAUACACCGCCAUUAAUAGAAAAGGAUGGAGCGCAAGGCAAAUUUGCCGGUAUUGGCGCAGAUUCUAUUCUGUGCAUGGCAGAGCAAAUUGGUGUUGAGCUUAAUUCAGAGGCAGCUACAAAUCUUGCUGAAGACAUCAGCUAUAAACUCCGGCAAACAAUCAGUACCAUUGCACUGCACAGUGAGCUGAUGAAGAAAUCCAGUAUUGACAGUUGGGACGUCAAUACUGUACUGACACUGUCCGACACCAGCCCUGUCGUCGGAGCUUGCAGCUCACGAUAUGUACCUAUAGGAGAAGAAAAAUUAUGUUGUGAAUUGGAAACCCUUGUAAAUAUAUCGGAGCUCUCUCUCACCUCACAAACGUAUGUGUACACAACACUACCCACCGUGUCUGUGGAGUGGAUCACAGACGACAGAAGUUUAGGCAGCAAUAGCAAUAUAAGUCCAUAUCUUCACAAUUAUUACACUAAGGUUGCUAGAGCAAUAUUAAAUUUAAGGAAAAAGCCGAAGCAGCUAGCGGUGGCCGAUCUCACAACGAACACGCACAUUGGGCCCAUAUUCCCCAACCUCUUCAACCUGGCCGUGCUGGUGCUCAACGAGGACAACCUCAACGCUCUCAAUGUUCCUGCGAAGAAACCCCUCCAGUCCAACGUGUUGGAUAUGGUGGACGCGCUGUGCUCCAACCCCUGUAGCUUAGAUACUAAUAUACAACAGCAGUUUCAAAGGCUGUUUCCGGUGAUGGUGUCGAACAUCCUGGGUAACGGUCAACUAGCGGACAAGAUGGUCACAAUACUCACCAAGAUAACGCGCACCUGGCCCUCUUUUAUCGCUAUCGGUAAAGGCAUCCUAUUCGACUACCUCUCACAAGGCACGAAGGAGCGGCUGACUGCUCCGAUGUUGCGGUGCGUCGGGGCUUUAGGUCGGCGGGCGUUGUUGCAAUGUCUCGGUGAUCAUCUCGAUCAUAUAGACGAGAGGAUACACGCGCCGCGACGCCGCGAGCCGAGAGCCGACCUCAGAGAGACCAUACUGGACAUAUCAACGUGUCUACUACGGUCGGAGCCGACGACGUACCUGGAGGACUACGUGACCACGGACAGCACGCUCUACGAGAUGCUGGGGGACUCUAUCGCGCCGCGGCGGACGAUAUUCCCCACUAGUGAACACCAGGUUCCUAGUCGAAGAGAGUCAGAGAACAUAGACGAAGACCUACCGUUCCUACCUUUACGACCUAUCAUCAAGCUGCCGAAGAUCAGAGUUAUACCUAAGAACAGGAGAAGUAGACCGGUCCCCCGAGAGACCAUCUUCGAGACAACGAAUCUUAGAACUCGCUGUAUAUAUUUUAACGUUAAGAGUUUUCGGAAUCGUGACGUCAGAAGCCAAGUGCGAACUCAGUGCAGUGCUGUGAGUCAAGUCGACGGUGUGUCAGUGGCUUGUGGACUGCUACAUAGGUUUAGAUAUAGACUGAACAAACCCGCCCCCUUUCCAAUAUACGGGGCGCUCACUCUGUAGCAAAUAAAAUUGUAAUUUAUUAACCUGUGAUCUUAUUGGGUCUAACGAUCCUAGGCUUGUAUUUUUUUUACAGUUUUAGUUUUUAAAUAUA